AUAGGGUCGACUACACGAGGAACACUGUAAUUGGAGCAAAAACAUACUUGCUACAUGAGGAUAUGGCAGAUAUAUCUGGAACUCGCAAACGACUCAACAGAAUGUACUGGCUGCACUGCACGGCUAAGGCCGUGUUCUACGCCUUCCCCCUCUGGUUGCUGUACUCGUGGUCCGGGCCGCUGCUGCGGGCGGCUGCCGCCGUCUUCGGGGGUCCUGGCUUCAGAUCCCUGUCCACCGGCGCCACGUCACUGUAACGGCAGGCCCGCGUCCAUCCCGCUGUCACCGCGGAAGACCGCCCAUGUUGGCGAAGGGUCCACGCCGCUAGUCAUGAGAACACCAACAAUUGAGAAGAAGUCUCAGCCACAUGUGCAUUACACACAUUUUCAUACUCCUUUCCAUCAAUUUUUUGUUUAUACAGCUAUACCACUUACUUCUAAUAAUCCAUACCCAUAAAUCAAAAUUAUCAAAUAACUAGAGAUUCCCAGCAACAUAUUUGUUACGUGGAUAUUUACAGCUGACAAAUGCCCAUUCUCGUCAGCUGCAACUUGUAUAAAUUAGAAUGUGGAACUAUCAGAGUGGAGAAUAAUUUCUUCAUUCAUAACAUGACAGACAUUAGCUCAAUUACCAUUUUAAUUUGUUUUAUUUAUCUUGCACGCGACACAAUCUGGCAAAGUAAUUCAGUGGGGAAUUACUCAUCUGCGUUUUUUUUAUAUGAUCACACCUAAGAGGAUGCUUCUAUGAGCUUCUACAGCUUUCGGGUAUUUCCACCUUUAUGUAAAAAAGUGAAAAUCACUCUGUGGUGUUUCCUUUGAUAUGGCCACUAUAAACUAUUAAACUGCGUUGUGCUACAGACUAUCACUUUCUCAGCGAAGGCAUCUUUUAAUAAGCAAAAAAGAAAACAAAUUAUUUUCUCAUA